UUUUCUUCUUCUUCUUUGAGUAGACUCAGGAGAAAAAAUGUCGAUGAAUUACAAGGAGAGACUAAAAGCAGCAGCAGAUUUUGUUAUUUCUAGCGAUCAUCAUCAAAAUGAAGUACUCCCGUUAAACUAUGAUGAGAUUGGCAUAAAAGCUACACUGAAACCUCAUCAAAUCGAAGGAGUUUCAUGGCUUAUUCAAAGAUAUCUUACCGGUGUCAACGUUAUUCUUGGAGACGAGAUGGGUCUUGGGAAGACUUUGCAAGCCAUUACUUUCUUAAGUUAUUUGAAGUUCCAUUUGAAAUCACCUGGGCCAUUCCUGGUAAUAUGCCCUCUCAGUGUGACAGAUGGUUGGGUAUCAGAGGUAGCAAAGUUUUGUCCUAAAUUGAGGGUUCUACGAUAUGUUGGCGACAAAGAAGUCAGACGCGAUCUUCGCAGGAAAGCUUUUGAGCAGACUAGCACAGACUUUCCUUUUGAUGUCCUUUUGACUACGUAUGACAUUGUGUUGAUGGAUAAGGAUUUUCUUUCUCAAAUUCCAUGGCACUAUGCUGUAAUUGAUGAAGCGCAGCGACUUAAAAAUCCUUCCAGUGUUUUAUACAGUGUGUUGGAACAACUUUUUGUCAUUCCACGAAGGUUAUUGAUUACGGGAACCCCCAUUCAGAAUAAUCUUUCUGAACUGUGGUCUCUUAUGCAUUUUUGUAUGCCUAUGGUCUUUGGUACACUGGAGCAAUUUCUAUCCACAUUUAAGGAGGCUGGAGACCUCUCAACUGCAGGUCUUGACGCAGCUAUGGUCAAAGAGGGAUUCAAAACUUUGAAAUAUAUACUAAGAGCAUUUAUGCUUCGGAGAACAAAAGCGAUGCUUGUUGAGUGUGGAACUCUUGUCUUGCCACGACUCACUGAAAUGACAGUGAUGGCACCGCUGGUAGCCUUGCAAAAAAAGGUGUACUUGUCAAUAUUGAGGAAGGAGCUGCCUAAGCUCAUUGCAUUUUCUUCAGGAGCUUCUAGCCCGUCCUUACAAAAUAUUGUAAUACAGCUGCGGAAAGCAUGUAGUCAUCCGUACCUCUUCCCUGGUAUAGAGCCUGAACCAUAUGAAGAGGGUGAACACCUGGUCCAGGCCAGUGGCAAACUUCUUAUCUUGGACCACCUUCUUCAAAAGCUACAUAACAACGGACAUAGGGUUUUACUGUUUUCUCAGAUGACUCAUACACUUGAUAUUCUCCAGGACUAUCUAGAGUUACGGGAAUAUACAUAUGAACGUCUUGAUGGUUCUGUUCGUGCUGAGGAACGCUUUGGGGCAAUACGACGGUUCAGUGAGCAACCCGUCAAGGGCAUUUCGAAUUCUCAAAAUGAUCAUAAUGGUGCAUUUGUCUUUUUGAUCUCAACUAGAGCAGGUGGAGUUGGCCUAAAUCUUGUUGGUGCUGAUACUGUUAUAUUCUACGAACAAGAUUGGAAUCCUCAGGUGGAUAAACAGGCUUUGCAGCGUGUGCACAGAAUUGGGCAGAUAAAUCCAGUUCUAUCUAUAAAUUUAGUAACAGCUCGAACAGUGGAGGAGGUCAUUAUGCGGAGAGCAGAGAGGAAGUUGCAGCUUAGCCAUAACGUGGUAGGCGAUGAUGAUAUGAGUUAUGACCAAGAUGAAACGGGAGCUGAUGUCGGUGACCUGCGCUCUGUCAUAUUUGGGUUGCACAUGUUUGAUCCCACAAACAUUGAUAACGAGAAUCCGAAUGAAGUUAACACAAGGGAAUUGAUUUCUAUGGCUGAGAAGGUAACAAAAAUGCGCCAUGAAUCAUCUGACAACCAGGAUAGGAAAUUUGAGCUUGAUUCGAUGGAUGUGUUGCGCGGAGAUGAUUUUUCCACGAAAAGGACUCCCGCUUAUGAUAGUUUUGAUCCUGGCCUCGAUGAGGCAUCCUAUCUCUCGUGGGUUGAAAAGUUCAAAGAGGCAUCACAGUCUACUGAUAACUCUAAUCUGGUGUUGGGCAAAAGAAACUUACCCGACGAGAGGAUAGGAAAACUUGAAGCUGCAAAGAGAAAAGCUGAGGAGAAAAAGUUGUUGAAGUGGGAAACUCUUGGUUACCAGUCGCUAGCUAUUACCGACGUUCCUGUUUGCAAUGCGGAUGAAGAUAUGAUGUUGACUGGCUCGGGCUCGGUUCAAUUUGUGUAUGGGGAUUGUACUGAUCCAUCUAAAGUUUGCCCAUCUGAGCCUGCUAUCAUAUUUAGUUGUGUUGAUAAUUCUGGAAAUUGGGGGCGUGGAGGAAUGUUUGAUGCACUUGCUAAGCUUUCAGCAAGUAUCCCAGAGGCUUAUCACCGGGCUUCUGAAUUUGGAGACCUUCAUAUGGGUGAUCUCCAUUUAAUACAAAUAAAAAUAGACGAGGACCAAGAAAAGCAAACUCCUGAUGGAAAUGAUCCUAUGUGGGUGGCGUUGGCUGUUGUACAAUCUUAUAAUGCUAGGCGUAAGGUCCCACGCAGCGAUAUCUCUAUCCCUGACUUGGAGACUAGCUUGUCAAAGGCAUCAUAUGCUGCCUCUCAGCAUUCAGCGUCAAUCCACUUACCACGCAUUGGAUAUCAAAGUGGAAAUGGACGGUCAGAGUGGUACACAGUGGAGCGGCUUUUGCGGAAAUAUGCAUCUAUGUAUGGCAUCAGGAUUUUUGUGUAUUACUUUCGGCGCUCAGGUUGAAUUAGCCACGAGUUACAAAACAAUGAUGGACGGAUUUUUUGAUUUUUCAAGGAAGCGAGUGUAAAAAAUCUUGUGCUAGUUAUAUGUAUUGUAUUACUCACUUCUAUCGCUACUUUGAUAUGUAAUUAUCUUAAACACUAGAAGUCUUGUACAGGGAAUGAAUAACCAGAUAAUAUGUUUGCUCU